AGUUCAACGAUUAUUCUUCGACCUUCAAAAAAAAUCCCGCAAUGAUCUUAAAAGACGGCUUGUUAUACAGCGUGCUUGCAACUCUGCUUCUUGCUGUUAUCAUUACUGCACAGCAAAACGGGCCACUAUUAUCUGUGGGGCAUUCCCUCCAGGCGCUUACACCGAAGACGGCCUUUCAGGCUCACAAUAGUCCUGACAAUGCGUUACGAUCAAAUUUCCGGGUUGAGACACUGCGAAAAAUUGCAGUAGGAGCUCAGCAAUUUGGACUCGAUCUUUUGAUGCGAAUCUCUGAGGAAGUAGCAAAGGCUAAUAGAGACUUUAUGAUAUCACCAUUUUCGGUAUGGUCGCUGCUGUUGCUAUUAUACGAGGGCUCUGCCGGCCAAACAUAUGAGCAACUUCGACAAGCGCUGCGCAUUAAUGUCCCGGAUGAGGAUCUACGUGCUGUCUAUCGCAUUUGGAGCACAUAUCUAAAUGUGAGCACCUCGACAAUUGAAGUGGCCUCACUUCAGGCAUUAUAUGUGGACAUAACAUCGCAUGUGAAGAGCAGUUAUCGUGAGGUGGCCAAGUCUUACAAUGUGCAGCCCAUGGAGGUUGACUUUUACAAGAAGGAGACGGUAGUGGAGAUUAAUGAGGCUACUAAUCGCAGCACACGCGGCCUAAUUCCUUACACAGUGCUACCCCAGGAUAUCUACGGUUCCAAAAUGUUUAUGCUCACGUCGCUAUUCUUCAAAGGCCAGUGGAAGUUUCCGUUUAAUGAAACCGCCACGCGUUUGGAGCCUUUCUAUGAUGAAAAUGGAGCCGUGAUUACGCAAAUACCUAUGAUGGCACAAGAAGGUAACUUUGCUUAUGCUACAAAUAUAGAGGGAUUGGAUGGUUAUUUAUUGGAACUGCCCUAUGGUACACAGGAUCGUUUGUCCAUGAUUGUCGUACUUCCAAAGCGUGGCUUUAAGCUUAACGAUAUUGCCAACAACUUGAAGGAGUUGGGACUAACACCCAUUAUCGAACGUCUCAACAAGUUCAAGCGAGAAGCUCCGGAGGACAACGAAGUUGAAGUAAUCAUGCCAAAGUUUACCACAACUACGGACUUCAACUUAGUCAAAUUGCUUAACAACAUGGGCAUUCGAGACCUAUUCGAUCAAAGUCGCUCCGAUCUAAGCCGUUUGGCCGAUGGACUCUUUGCCAAACUCUGCAUACACUCAACCAAAAUCAUUGUAGAUGAGUUGGGCACAACUGCAGCAGCUGUUACAGCAGCCUCACUGAGCAACAAGUCAACGCCACCAAAGUUUCAGUUAAACAGACCUUUUCAAUAUAUGAUUAUUGAUAAGUCUACGCAUCUCUUGUUGUUUGCCGGUCAAGUACGUAACCCAAAGGCGACUUAGGUCUAGUUUAUUACACAAAAGUGUCUUAAAAUUACAAAUAAAGCUGCUCCGGUUCACUUCUUAGCGCGCCCUGCAGUCUUUUUACCGCCAA